GGGAUUUCGUAAAGUUUGGAAUCUUUCAGCAAAUAGCAAUCAGACCCCUGAGGCUCCAUUUUCCCCGACCGAACACAUUCCUGACCCAAAACAACAACCGUUCCCAAAAAGUCACCGCAACAAUGGCGAACAGCAGAUUCCGACCGAUCAAUUUUCUCCCGCUGGUCUUCUGUUUCUUAAUCGUUCCACUUACUGAGUCAAGCAGUGAUACGAACUCGGUGUACUCUCCUUGUUCGGAUGCCAAGAUUCAGAGGAAAGACGGCUUCAGUUUCGGCAUCGCAUUUGCUGGCUACUCAGAGUUCUUGCCCAACAGCUCCAGCAACUCCCCCCAGCUUUCGCCUUGCGAUCGGCGGUUGUCUCUCUCAUCGGCUAACUCUCAAGUGGCUGUAUUCCGCCCUAAAGUCGACGAGAUCUCCCUCCUCACCAUUAAUACCUCCAAUUUCUUCCCGGAUUCUUAUGGAGGAUAUAUGGUGGCUUUUGCUGGUCGAAAAUAUGCUGCAAGGUCCCGUCCUACUUUUGUUGCUAACAGUUCCCACAUCGUGACCAGCUUUACUCUUGUUUUGGAAUUUAAGAAGGGCACACUGCAAAACCUAUACUGGAAGAGAUUCGGAUGUGCUUUAUGUUCUGGCAAUGGUGCUUUUGUUUGCAUAAAUAAUCAGUAUUGCGCUAUCAGGACUAGUAGCUGCAAGAACCGAGGAGGUAAUAUAGAUUGCAGCCUUGGUAUACAACUGUCAUUUUCUGGUACAGAUAAACAUGACUCGGUAUUCAACUCAUGGUAUGAAGUGAAAAAUCUGCGGCAGUACUCUCUCUUUGGCCUUUAUUCCAAUCUCAGGGAUUCUCUAACUAGCCAAUUCAACAAGUUUUUCUGAUUGAAGUUAUUGCCUGAGGGUGUGUGCAUGUUGUAAUUUUAAAUUUUCUGUUGAUUUUCCGUUAUUCUUUUGUGGUGUUCAUCCCACUUUUAUUUGAAAGAAAGAUAUGAUUUACCAUGUAAAUUUAGAUUUAUUCUGCUAAAUGGUGAUUGUGAGUCUGUUACCAUGUAAAAUCUUGAUUCCUAAAGUGUUCAGCUUUACAGAAAUGUUAGAUGUUUGUUUAAGGUAUUAGGGCCAUAUCAUUUUCUUUUAAUCGGUUAGCAUCAUUAGCUUUUUUUAGUUUUGAUAAUUUGUUAGGGCAUACAAGUAUGAUUGGUUUGGAACAAGGUAAAGAGACAUCCUAUACUAUUAUUAAUAUUAUG